CACUCGGCUGAAAAUGUUAAGAAGCUGGGUUUAAUAUACGUUGAGUGCCACUGUUAAUGUUUUAUAGUCUCAGGUAAGGGUAUAUAAAGACAUGAUUCACGAGAGGUGCCACUGUAUCAUUAUAAGGCUUAAUAUCUGAAUAGACUUACCAUGCCCCUGUCUGGACGUGAUGCUGUGGUUCUGUGUGUGUUGGUGUGCUGUGUGCCGCUGCAGCACUGGCUAACACAGCAUUCAUCUGUCACCCCAGACGAGCGAUCAGCUGAGGUGUACAGGCUGGUUGAAUACGCUCGCUUUGUGGCACAAAAGUGGCUCUCAACAGCUUCAUGGAAGGAUUGGCUCCUCAGUGUUCAACUGAAGUAUACGACUAAUGAUUAUAGUCACUGGUACAACUUGGACGAUGAUGACCCAGAAGGUGAGUGUCCUGCCGUUGAAGUGUGGAACUACCUCUUUCCUGACGGUGCUUUUGGCAUGUCCCCUAAACCUCGCAACGUCCGCCCGGAAGGAAUGAAGUGGCGCAUUGGCCAAGUUGUGAGGCACAAGAUCUGGGGCUAUAAGGCUGUUAUUUUUGGCUGGGAUCCCAAGACUAAGGCACCAGAAGAAUGGAUACAGAAGAUGCACCGAGAGAACACACACUGGAGAGAGCAGCCGAAUUAUGCUUUACUGGUGGACACUGACCAGAAGGAUAUUGUACAGAUUACCUAUGUUCCCCAAGAAAAUAUAUCUCCAGUUACAAAUCAGGAGGUUCACCAUCCGGGCUUGAGUCGGUAUUUUGAUUAUUUUGAUGGAGCGCAGUACAUUCCUCGUCCAUGGUUGCGAGCGGUGUAUCCUAGGGACUGAUGACACUCUACCUAUAAGCAGCCACUGAGUUUCCACAAAGUUGGCAAGAUUCUGCUUAGUUUUAAAAUUUGUGAAGGGGAAACAACUAUUAUAGUUAGUUGUUCUGGCACCUUUAUGGGAAGGAUAUUAUUCCAUGGGUGGUCCUUGUGCCACUAGUCAAGUUUGUGUGUUUUUUUUAUGAUACUGUAUUAAGAAAUGUUUUAUUGUUAAGGUCUUUAUUAUGCAUUAGGAAAUACUGCAGUCUAUUUUUAGAGACAGUGUGCUCCAAUCUGUGAUAAAUAUGCAUGAAUGUAUACAUGAUAUUGUAACUGAAGAGAAAAUAUUGUAAACAUAGUAAAUACCAAGAUAGAGAAAUGUGCACGUAUAGAAUAUAGUACAGUAACAAUAAAAAAAAUCCCUAAAAUAUACAUCAUGAAUAUCCAGGCAUGUUUUGAAAAUAUUUUAAUGUCGUAGUUGGAUUGUAUUCACCUACACUGAGAGAAUUUUUAAAACCUUGCAGUAAGUGGUUUUUUUUAAUGAUUAUAGAUAUUUUUUUGUGCUGAAUCGAAAGCUGAUGGAUGACACUUGCCUCUUUUGAACACUGUGAGAUGCUUUGACUUUUAACACCCACGAUAAUAAUAUUGAUAAUAACUUUUAUUCAAGAAAAUUGUCAUAGAGGCUUACAAUUGGAUACCUAGUUAUAUAGUAUAUAAACUAGGCAGGUUAUAGGUAUACAAUUCAGCAUGAAUAUAGACAAUGUAGGUAUAUGGUGCAUGUAGGCCGUGGGAGGACAGUACAGUAUACAGUACAGUUUCCUAUGUACAGUAGCUAAAAGAACUAUCUGUGCAUACUUUGUGGG